AUGGGGUCACGUCCGGAUUUGAAGGUGGACGACGAGGUCGGCUUUAUUAGAUUCUUCCGGAACCUGCCCACCACCAACGGGGACACCGUCCGAAUAUUCGACCGGGGCGAGUUCUACACGGCACAUGGGGAGGAUGCUCAGCUCAUUGCGCGGACGGUCUACCGAACCACUUCGGUCAUCCGACAACUUGGCCGCGAGCCAGGUCUUGACUCCGUCACGCUCUCCGUGACGGUGUUCCGAAACUUUCUUCGCGAAGCGCUGUUUCGGCUCGGCAAACGGGUGGAAGUAUGGGAGAGUUCCGGCGGACGAAUGAAUUGGAAGAUCACGAAGCGAGCUUCCCCAGGUAAUCUCCAAGACAUCGAAGACGAUCUCGGCGGCCAAAUCGACUCUGCCCCCAUCAUCCUCGCCGUCAAAAUCACCGCCCGCGCCGCCGAAGCCCGCCACGUAGGAGUUUGCUUCGCCGACGCCAGCGUGCGCGAGCUCGGCGUCUGCGAGUUCCUCGACAACGACCUCUACUCCAACCUCGAGUCGCUGCUCAUCCAGCUCGGCGCGCGCGAAUGCCUCGUACAGGCGGAUGCGGCCGGCAAGAAUGUGGAUCUGGCGAAGAUCCGCGCGAUCGUCGACAACUGCGGGUGCGCGUUGGCGGAGCGGGCGUCGUCAGAUUUUGCCACGAGAGAUAUUGAGCAGGAUUUAUCGAGGUUGUUGAGGGAAGAACGGGCCGCCGGGGUGUUGCCGCAGAUGGAUCUGAAGCUCGCGAUGGGGAGCGCGGCGGCGCUGUUGAGGUAUCUGGGGAUCAUGUCGGAUUCAUCGAAUUUCGGGCAAUAUCAGCUGUACCAGCACGAUCUGUCGCAGUACAUGAAGCUCGACGCGUCGGCGGUUCGAGCGCUAAACCUGAUGCCUGGCCCUAGAGACGGCGCGAAGACGAUGAGCCUGUAUGGACUCCUGAAUCAUUGCAAGACACCAAUCGGGAGUCGGUUGCUCGCACAGUGGUUAAAGCAGCCACUAAUGAAUGUCGAGGAAAUUGAGCGGAGACAGCAGCUGGUGGAGGCGUUCGUGGAGGAUACAGCGCUACGGCAGACAAUGCAGGAGGAGCAUCUCAGGAGCAUUCCGGAUUUGUAUCGGCUCGCGAAGAAGUUUCAGCGGAAAGCGGCGAACUUGGAGGAUGUGGUAAGGACGUAUCAGGUCUCCAUACGGCUGCCAGGAUUUCUGGGGCUGCUGGAUGCCGUGAUGGAUGAGAGGUAUCAAGAUGCUUUGGAAAAGGAGUACACGACCAAGCUUCGAGAGUACUCCAACAGCCUGGCGAAGCUACAGGAGAUGGUCGAAACAACCGUGGACCUCGAAGCGCUCGACAACCAUGAGUUCAUCAUCAAACCAGAAUUUGAUGACAGCCUCAGGACCAUUCGGAAAAGACUAGACAAGCUCAAGUACGAGAUGGGAGUGGAGCAGAGGAAAAUCGCUCAGGAUCUUGACCUAGACAUGGAUAAGAAGCUAUUCCUUGAGAAUCACCGUGUACACGGCUGGUGCCUACGUGUCACUCGAGCGGAAUCAAGUUGCAUCCGCGGCAAGAGGCAAUACCAAGAAUGCUCUACACAGAAGAACGGUGUUUAUUUCACCACCUCCACCCUCCAGGCAUAUCGACGAGAGUUUGACCGGCUUUCUGAGACCUACAACAGAACUCAAAGUGGCCUCGUAAACGAGGUGGUUGGUGUUGCUGCAUCAUAUUGUCCGGUCAUAGAAAAAUUAGCAGGCGUCAUCGCCCAUCUUGAUGUCAUCGUCAGCCUAGCCCAUGUUUCCGUUCACGCCCCUACACCAUACACCCGACCCAAGAUGCAUGCCCGUGGCACGGGCAAUACCAUUCUCAAGGAAGCCCGACAUCCCUGCAUGGAGAUGCAAGACGACGUCCAAUUCAUCACCAACGAUGUCACCCUCGAGCGCAGCAAAUCCGAAUUCCUCAUCAUCACGGGCCCAAACAUGGGCGGCAAAUCCACGUAUAUCCGACAAAUCGGCGUGAUCGCGCUGAUGGCUCAAGUCGGCUGCUUCGUCCCCUGCUCCGAAGCCGAACUCACCAUAUUUGACUGCAUCCUCGCCCGCGUCGGCGCUAGCGACUCGCAACUCAAAGGCGUGUCGACCUUCAUGGCGGAGAUGUUAGAGACGGCGAACAUCCUGAAGACCGCGACGAAAGAGUCGCUCGUCAUCAUCGACGAGCUGGGCCGUGGGACGAGCACGUACGACGGGUUCGGCCUCGCGUGGGCCAUCUCCGAGCACAUCGUUCGCGAAAUCGGGGCGUUCGCGUUGUUCGCGACCCAUUUCCAUGAGCUGACCGCCCUGGUCGACUCGUACCCGCAGGUCCAGAACCUGCACGUCGUUGCGCACAUCUCCGACGACGACGACGGCUCACAGUCGAAGCGAGAGGUCACGUUGCUCUACAAAGUGGAGCCUGGCGUCUGCGACCAGUCGUUUGGGAUCCACGUCGCGGAGUUGGUACGUUUCCCGACGAAAGUCAUCAACAUGGCGAAGAGGAAGGCGGAUGAGUUGGAGGACUUCUCCGGGAAGCAUGAGAAACUGACGAAGCAGGCGUCGAAGGAAGAUGUGGAAACAGGGACGAGGAUGUUGAAGGAAUUGCUGAAGCAGUGGAAGCAAGAAGUCGAGGGAGGGGAGUUGAGUGAACAGGAGCAGGUGGAGAGGAUGAGAUCCUUGGUGAAUUCGAAUAAGGAGCUGUUGGAGAAUCCGUUCUUCCAGAAUGUUCAAGUUCUAUGAGGGACGAAAUAAUACGGUAUUGAGGGCAUGACUUCGGCGUUGUCGGGAUUGGUAAGGAUAAGAUUCCAGAAUCACCUCCGGGAAAAUCUAAAUAAAAUAAUUCUUCAGCCCUCUUGCCCUAACUACCAAGGACUUUUAAUGUUGUCAUACAGGUCCAAGCCAGGAUAUAAUCGUGGGCCAUGUUGAAGCGAUAGAUGCACUGUAUCGCCGUGCAAGAAUGGUAUUGUUAAACAAAUACAGUAAUAUCAAACACGC